CCCCUUUACAAACGUCAACGUCAAGCAAGUUCAAACUUCAAAGUCAAGUCGCAAAUGCGUGAUUUGUUGUAGUGCAUUAAAGCAUUUUUGUGAAAAAGUAAUCCGCUGCUUAUUACUAAUAACAAUCAAGUUUUAAAAAUGCCGUCGAAGCAGAGAAAAAUCGCGAUGAUGGGUUACAGAUCAGUCGGUAAAUCAUCUCUAAUUAUUCAGUUCGUAGAAGGACAGUUCGUGGAUUCAUAUGACCCCACAAUCGAAAAUACAUUUACAAAGUUCAUCCGCCUGAACUCCACUGAGUAUGAGGUGAAGCUUGUGGACACGGCGGGGCAGGAUGAGUUCAGCAUAUUCCCUCUUCAGUACAGCAUGGAUUUCCACGGCUAUGUUCUGGUGUACUCCAUCAACUCCAGUAAAAGCUUUCAGAUCGUACAAAUCAUUUACGACAAACUGCUGGACAUGGUUGGAAAGAUACAUGUACCCAUAGUAUUAGUCGGCAACAAAACAGAUCUGCAUCUUGAAAGGAAAAUCAGCACAGAGGAGGGUAAACGGUUGGCAGAGAAGUGGAAAGCAGCCUUUGUUGAGACCAGUGCUAAACGGAAUGAGUCAGUGACGGACUUGUUCCACGCGAUCCUGCUGGAGAUAGAGCGCUCGGACGGACACAUAAAGGAGAACGGCAACGGCUGUGUGUUGUGCUAAUUGAACAAACAACUGUGCUUUUUACUUAAGCUGAAGUGAACUAGAUCUAAUUUUAGAUUAUGCCUAGCUCAUAUGGGUUAACACUGUGUUACACCUUCCUAAAUCUCGGAUCUUAUUAAGCUUAUUCUGAAAGUGUAACUGCAUUUCGUCAGGUGACAAGCAAAAGUCACUAAUUACUAAAAAAAAUUAAACAAAAAUCGACCUUCUAUUAGUACUAAUAGGGUUCACUAUGGCUAAGAACUUGUGGUGGUAAUUAGUGAGUUUUGCUUGUCACCUGACGAUUUAUAAUCCUAAUUUAAAAUGCUAAAUGUAGUUACAGUUACACUUUUUUAAAUAGGUUAAGUAAUCAUUUGGGGUGUAAAUUUUUGGAAGGUGCAAUACAGUUUUUAGUAUCAAGUGGGUAGAAUGGAAACAGGACUGGUGUUACGCGGAAACUUGUCACAAUCGGAGCAUUCGGAGCUACUACUAUAGUUGGAAUACUGAUGAGUUAGUUGCCCUACACACUUGACACUAAUCCCCUUAUAUAGACCGACAAGAAAUUGUAGAAAUUAAAAAGUGGCAACAUCGUAGUGUCGUCCCUUUCAAAUCAAUCUUAGAAAACGGUUGUUUUUAAUUUCUACAAUUUCUUGUCGGUCUAUACAAUAGCAAUGGUUGAAGCAUUAUUUGGAAGCAUAAAUGUGUGAGCAUAAGCCUGUACAUUUUGUUUAUAAUUUAUGCUUUAUAUGCUCUUACCUCAUAGUUUGGUUGACCAGUGAUUAGGUAUGUUAAAUAGUCAGUCAGUAAAUUGCAGUGUCAUGGGACCUUGUUCCUAACUAAACUCUGUACCUCAGCAUAUCAUGUUUGGAGAUGUUUUUAUAACACAACAGUGGCAAACAAGCUUAUGGCCAGUGGUAACCAAACACACUGACUAUGUAAUAGCGUAAAAAAUCCUAUCCGUAAUAAAAUGGCCCGUAUAUGCCUUUGGAGUAAAUUGUGGUCUUCUGAGUGCCUACACCGCGAACCACGUUUGACGAGUUGCCACUUUGUCGCACUUGUAAAUUCGUACGUAAGUGUGACAGGGAGGCAACACGUCGAACGUGGUUCGCGGUACGCCCUCUGUGAGGAGAUUUAACAUCUCCAGCCAAUAUGUGUUGAGGUAUAGAACUUUAAAUUGAAUAUACAAACUGUACAUAUUGCAUUAAAUGGAAUAUUUUAUUACAUACAUACAUAGUUGUAGCAUUUUGUUCUUGAAAGGUUGCAUUUAAUUUGGAGUUUAUAUAGGAGUUAUUGUAAGUGCUUACUAAAUUUGAAAAAUCAUCUUAAUAGAAUAUUAUUGUUUAACAUAGUCUCAAAUGUUUGAAACAUAAAGCACUAUAAACUUUUAGCAGAUAGAAAUUGUUGAUUGGUUCAUCUUUGUGUAUUUUAACAGGUCAUUUGCAGAUAACUCUUAGAUAAAGUAUUGACCUUCUCUGUGUCUAGCAACAUACAAGAGUAACAUUUGUUUAUAAACAUAGAUUACACGCCCACUAGAUCGAGUAAGAUGAUUUGCGUCCACGACGCCGUAUGCGUACUCUAUGUUUAUUUAUAAUCAUCAGUCUAUCACAGCUGGAAUCCGUUAAUGCUGGUUGUAUGUUACUGUAUGACCCACAGGAAGUAAGUUACAGUUUUUAGCGAAGUAAGUUACAGUUUUACGAUUCUAAACCAGCAGUAUUGGUGAAUACCUAUUGGUUAGUUUAAACUUGUAAAAUUGUAGGCUGUGGCUUCGUGAAACGGGCUACUGUUCGAUUCUUGUUGUUUUGACUGUGGAAUAGCGAGAUUGAGUUUAUAAAACAAAAGAAUUCUCAGGUCAUUUUAUGUCAAGGUAUUUUCGUUUUAUGGGAUUGCUUACCUCAAGGACAAAACUUAUCGUCUGGUAAACAUAUUUAUUUUUUCGGUAGGUUAUUUUUUAAUGUUUUAAAAUCUAAAGAUAAAUUUAUUUAUGUUUUUGUAACUUUGUUCAAAUGUUGGGUUAUUGUUAUGACCGAUUGAGUUCAACAAUGAAUCUUUCAUAUAAAGUCAGAGUAGUGCAAGAAAGGUCUAAACCAUACAUAUUUUAAUAAAAUAAUCCUUGUAAUGGGAGUUUAACGGAUUAGACCUUUAUCGCACAGCUACUUCCAAGUGUAGAUUAAGUUCCUACUUUUAAUUUGGAAAAAUAGAUUAAAUUAUUUAAAUGGCCAAUAGUGGUAUAUAAAAUGGGUUUAAAUAUUCAGAUUUAUGAACAAUUAUAGUGUUUCUAUUAUUUA